AUAGGAUUAUUGCACCAUGUGUGCAAUACCCAUGAAUGGCUUGGCGGCAAAUGCAAAAACAUCCUGAAGGCGAGCACAGUGAAACCCUUCCCUGGUUUGAUAGGCGUGACAAGGAUUUUGCUGAACUGCAGAAGGUUAUCGUAAACCCAGAGCUACUAGAAAGCUUUAGCUAUUAUACACGGUUUAGACACACUGGAGAAAUAGAAUGUGCCAACAGCCUUAGUUUAAUGUAUGCACCAAAGAGAGUGCCAUUCAGUUAUAGAGUGUAUAAAGCCCGAAAGCAAUUGGGAGCAAUAGAUUGGAAUUACCAUCUCAAUAUUCCAAUUGCUAAAAGCAAAUCUGGUGAGGAUAGGACCACAAGAAGGUAUAACAGAAGGACCAGGCAGUGGGAUCUAAAGAAUGUGAAGGUUCAGAAGAGAUAUGAAUACAUUCCAAUCAUGAUGUCAAAGAUUCUCAACCACAGAAUGUAUGAUCAAGAGGGUGUGGCCUGCCCUGUGCCACUAAAUGCCAGUGACCCAGGCAACAAUGCCCCUACUAUUGCCCCCACACCAGCACCAGCAACAAAGGACAUACCACAAAGAAAAAGUAGAUUUCAAUAG